GGGAGAGGAAAUAUGAAACAAAAAUAAAAGGUUUUUUUAUUCAAAAAUUUUUUUUUCAAAUAAAAAUUAAUUUAUGGAUCCAUUACUGGACGGAACUUUACAUCGUGGAGGAGCUGAUGCUUUACGUAUUUUUAGAGAAGCUUUUUUAACAGAAAUUGGCCCUUCUGAAUUUGAAAAUAAUAAUGGCCGAUUAAUUUCAUUACGUGAAUUAUUGGAUGUGAUUAUAUGCAGUGGUAAGGAUAUACAAAUUGAGGAUUUGCUUCGAUUACGUCCAUACGCAACAGAAAAAGACGAGAUAUUUUCUUUUGAAGAAUGUUUUCAGAUUUAUCAAAAUAUUCCAUCCACUGGUUUAGACGAAAUUUACGAUUUAUUUGAAUUAUUUGUAAUAACUGAAAAUGAAAUAAAUUGGGAAUUAUUAAAUAAUAAAAUGUUGGAAUUAAUUGAAACAACAAACAACAACGACGACAAUAAUUAUUUAAUUAAUUGGCUAAAAUUAAAUAAACAAAAGGGAACGGAUAUUGAAAAUUUAAUUUAUGAAUUAAUUGAAACCAAGAAGAGAUUACGUCUAUUAAAUUCGCAAAUUGUUGAAGAAGAAGGGCUUGAAUUGAAUAAUAAUAAUUUUGGAGAAGGGAAUAAUUCACAUAAAGUUUCUAAUUGUUCAUUCAUGUUGUCUCGUUGCGAGAGUGCUGAAUCCCUGUCUUCCCUUUUUUCAAAUAGAAAUAGCAACACAAACAACAACAGACAAAUAAAAGAAUUUGAAUAUUCUUCACCAAGAAAUUUAACUACUCAACAACAAUUAAAAGAAUUUGUUGAAGAAAAAAUUCAAUUAAAAAGUUUAAUAAUUCAAAGAGAAAUGACAGAAACUAAUUGUAUUGCUUUUUCUUUUAAUUUGGAAAAAUCGAGAAAAUUAAAAUUUGGAAUUUGUGUUAAUGAAUUGAUUGAUUCUUCACUAAAUCGUUUCCAUAAUUCAAUUCAAGGAAUUAUUAUGUCUUCGGAACUGGAUUUACAACAAAAAAUUUAUGGUGUUACUAAACGGAGAGAACAAGGAAUGGCUACAACAGAAUGGGUUCAGGUGCCUGCUGGAAAUCAUCUAAUAAGAGUUAAAUUUUGUCGCGCAUUAAAAAUGGUUGAGACGGAAAAAUCUGAUAGAAUUAUUGACGAAAAAACUGGGAGAUUAACAAAGCCUUUCAAAGUAAUGCUAAUGAAUUUAUUUGAUAUUUUUGAUUUGGAUGAUGAUGGACUUUUAAGUCGAAGAGAAUUUGAAGCUUAUAGUAUUCUUGCUGGUACUGGACCUGUUAGUGAACAAGAAUGGACACGUAUUUGUACAGAUUUUGAAUUAAGACAGCAACAUAUACCAAUGAAGACAUUUGUACAAAUGCAUCAAAAAGAAGCAGAAAGUUAUGGCCCAAAAGGAAAUUUGGAACAAAUGUGGAAAGCUGUUAGGGCGCUUGGACAUAAUCGACGAUUUUUUAUGAGCACAACGUGUCCACUUCGUUUAACAUUGCAUUGUUCUGAAGGCCCAUUGCUUAUUGAACCAUUUCGUGUUGACCGAUUUUAUUCGGAUGAGAUAGACAAUCUUUUAGCUGAACAUUUUUGGGAACAAGGAAAGCCGUUACCCUAUUUAAAAGAAUUUACAAGUCUUCGCCAAUUUAAAGCUGAUUAUUAUGUUGUGUUGAUAGCUGGAAAAACAAAACAAACAACACAUUAUGAGCUUGACUUGAGAGGUUCGAAUAAUGUAAAUAUUGAAGGAAAAGAAUUAAUUAUUGACCAAAAAGUUCAACCAAAUAUAAUUCAGAUUUUAACUGUUGUAAUUGCCCAGUCAGAAAAUUGGUAUUUAAGUGUGAAAAUGAAAGGAGCUCCAAUAAAAACUGAAAAAAGAAAAGAAGAAAUAAAUGUCGAGAAGAUUAAUUGA